CGUUGCUCCAGACAGACGAAUUUCUCCCGGUUUUCAUGACUACUGUUCGCCGGACGGUGACAAAGAAGAAAGUCGGAGUUCCAAAUGUCCCUGACCCACUGAAUUCGUUCAAAGUCCCGAAGAAAGCAUUCAUAGAAUCUCUUUUGGAAUCGGUUGCCUUGGACUCUGCAGAUUACGUGGACGAAAUCCUUCCCCAGAUUACUCAGAGCUUCCGCUUCCCACAGUUAGCCAGAUAUCUGCGUAUCGAUGAAGCUUGGUUGGUGCAUAAUCGAAUGCUGGAACAGUCUUUCACUGCCGCACGCAAACGAUUGCAGAAGUCCUCACUUCUCAUGUCCUCAGUGGAGGCCAACUUGUGCACCGGAUUUUGCGUCCUCACCGACUGGACGAAGGUCGAAGAAGUUGCGAGUGGUGGACUGUCUCCGGGAAACGUUCCUGACACGUGGUUGGGACAGCCUGAACAAGGCGUGACUGUAAACCAGUGCGCUGAUAUAGUUGUCGCGCGUGCUCAGAAGCGUUUGCAGAGGAAACAAGCACGAGAGCAGCAGCCCACGAAGCUCUAUUUGGUCGUUGUUCGUUGGGUCAAAUCGAAAGCCUACAUUGUAGCAUCGGGUGCUGAAGAAUCCGGAGACCGUUUGGAACCCCAGCCAGGCUAUGCUUGUCACGUGUCCACGUGGUCCCGGAUCGAUCCACUGGAUCCGGCUAAAGUUAGCCUUGAAAGUGCGUAUCAAAUGUCUCAGGUUUAUUUAUAUGAGUUCGAUGAAGAACUGGAACUGCGCUCAAAACCGGAACAUGUCGUCCCGUACGCCGUCGUCAAAUGCCAAUGGGAAUUGAACACGGAGACCGCAUCGAAACUGGAGUCUCUAAAUCCGGCAACAGGCUCCAUUCUGGUCAUUUCCCCCAAACCCGUCCGACAGUAUCAGCCCUCUUCAUCCCGUCCGGCUUUGCUGCCGACCCCAUCCGUUUCACUUUUCUCCGGUCCGCGAUCCCUAUUGACUCCUGGAGAUAUUGGUCUACCCCAUACAAUUGCUCAAGCUUCUAUUGGCAAAACCAUAGAAUCUUCUAACCUGGUUCAGCUGUCAGGCCGUGAGGGGAAAAGUUCGGUAUGGAACCAACCUGCCAGAACUGCGCGUCGAAGUUUAACCUCCGGUUCACAGUCGACUUUGUCUUCGCAUGGGGAAGAGAAAACCUCAGACGAAAAGAUGUCCCAAAUCACGAGUCCACUCAUCGUUAAGUCCAGGAAACUGCAGGCCAGUUCUGAUAUCAUUGCUCGCCUGGGUGAGCGUAUGGCUCAGAACAGCUCAGUUGGCACCAUGGCAAACAAUAUAUUCACCACUGUGGUGAAGCAGACCCCUUGUACCUUUCUGGGCGUCACACUUCUAUCUUGGGGUCAUCCAAAACCAGAAUUCUCGCUGUUCCUCGAACUUUACACCUACAGACGUGGAAAGCUCGCUAUAUUUGACUCUCUUCUUCAGCCAUGUCUCCAUAUCUCUCGACUAAUUUCACAUGCUGCGCUGCACUACGAGUUGGCUGGCUUAACACCAUGGCCUACGAAACCGCCAGAUCCCAAUGGUCCCCCUGUUCUAGUCUCCAUACCUCGUGAUCAGGAAUGGUGUCUCCCACGGCUGAAUAGUACCACAGCCUCUUCAUUGCAGUGUGAUUCGAGCCCGUUUGCCGGUUACCGUGGUAACUAUUUCCAUCUCACCCUGCACGACGCGGGCGGGCAGCGGACAGAAAUGUCACAGCUGUGCCAAGUAUUGGCUGACAAAGCAUUGGCAGGAGUCGUUCGCAUGAACUGCGAUGAAUCCAGCGUAUUGCUUCUGUUUCCUGACUGUCCGUUUGCUCGUUCCAUAAGUUUCCCGCCAUCCGAAGGCCUGGAAACAAACUACCUUCAUGCGAUUUUGCUCACUCCAUAUAGUUUGGAUCAGUACCCCUACCAGCAAACAAAUUGCGCAAUGUUCCAGUCUCUUGACAAAGAUUCGGCGGGCACCAAAUUUUUCGCUCGCCCCGCACCGAUUCCCGUUCCCACGGAUAUCGUGUUUAGCCAACGAAAUCUGGCCAACGUUCCUCCUACGGAUACCAAAUUAAAGAUGCCGUUGGAUGCCUUGUUAUCCAGUUUACCCGACGGCGGCAAAGAUCUUCUUGGUACCGCUUUGAUCGCCUUGCUUGCAUCACGUCGGGGCUCCGAAGAAUCGGACAAUCAGCCCGGACAACUAUCGACUAGUACGGAUUCCACGAAUAGUCAGCUAGCGGCACUAUGCAACCCUCAAACUGACCCGCGACUUAAUCGUCACCGAUCUUUCGAUACUCAGUCCCUUGCAUCUGUCCUACUUUCGACAGUCGCAAAGAACCCGGAGUUGUUCAAACGAUCCACCACCCCUGUUGUGGAAGCCAGUGCGACUGAGGAAGCGACAGCACGCUGUACUCCUCUGUUGACGGACGACACACAGAAAACCGCAACUAUUUUGGAGGCAGCCACAGCGGGAGAACAAGCUGCCGUCGAUCCACCUUCAGCUCCCGCGAGUCCAGUCGAACAGCCUGUUGAAAACGAUCCAUCAAAACAUCCUGUGGAACCAAAGGAAAUUCCCCUGUCUGCGUCCACUCCCAGCAAGUCACUGUGUAAGCAACAACAGCCAUUUGCCAGUGAGGUUGUGUCGGAUUCCCAGGAUAUGGACGUUGAGGCAGACGAACCAGAGCACCGUGAAAUCAGCCAAACUAGCGACAUGGAUAUCACCACUUGUUCUUGGGACUACGGUGACAGUCCACUAAAGUAUCGUUUCAACCCUCCGACCCAUCGAAGCGCCGCGUUUCGGGAGUCUCGGAGUUCUUUUGGUUUCCCAACUCAGGUUGAACAUCUCCUAUCUGAUCGGGCGCCCAUUUUUGAAUCAUUCGCAGUGAAAAAUACUUUAAAGAACGAUGCGAUGGGCCAGACACCCUCCGAUUCGCGCGGGAAUGUGAACUCACGACAGUCGUAUCCUGUACUCUCCGAUCAGGUAACCAAUGAUAAUGUUGCGGGAACCACCGGACACACUCUUGUUUUUCACGGUGAUCAUAGAUGUGAUUCGGAAGUUCAGUUGCACCCAAAGUCUGUCAGUCAAUCUUCACUGGCAUCAAGUGAACCGGUCGUCCAUUUGUCCAGAGAACGGCUGACAAAACCAAUCACCGUCUACGAGGAUGGAAGUAAAACGUUACGUGGUCAACUUGAAGACAACUACUCGGGACACCGGGAUUUCGAUCUUCGCCGGAAAGAUCACUCACCAUCCGAAGUUUCAAAAUAUAACAGCAGUCUUAAUGAACUUCGUGGAGGUCUACCUCCCGGGCCAAUGCUCGUGCUGGAAGACAUUUCAAAAACUCAUCCGUUUUUCACAAACUCAUCUAAACCUGCGGCUGAAAGUGAGGAAGGGGAAGUUUUGGAUGAUGAAAUCGAGGAAGUGGAUGAAAUUAACGAAUGGGGAAAGCCUGGUGUAACCCAGUCGCAAGGACCUAAUGGAGAUGGGAGUUACAGCUACAUUUCAAGCGAUGCGUCUAGCGUCACGUACACACUGGAGGACGAGUGGAACAUUUCGUCAACCGAUGCCUCAUUCUCCACUCAGUGUUCCCGAUCUCCAAAGCCCAGUCCACCAAGGCGCAAUUCAUUUCGUGGGUACAGACCGUAUUAUCCCAAAGGUCGACACACGUCUCCCAAAGACUCGGAGCCGUAUGAGUCGAGUAUGGAACUCCCUAGCCGUCACUGCUCUGGUGCGCGUGUUCACCGGUCAUACCGUUCCACUAACACUGCUCAUAGUUUAGAUAACAAAUCCAAAGCCCGAAGUUCAAGAGAGUCGUUUGAAUUUUCUUCGCGCCAAACUGAGUCAUCUGGGGAUAAAGACAUGCGGUUUAUGCCGACUGGUUCUGGUCCGUAUAAACCAUGCCUCCUACCCUUACCCUCCGACUUCCGCGAGUCGAAAACAAACGGUGCCACGCUGUCUCACACAGACUCCAAUGUUUCCUCGCGUACAAGUGAUAACCCAGUCAGAACCCAUACUAUCGGGUCACGGGAUGUCGAUUAUCGGCGGUUUAGCUCAGGUGGUCACAAUUCGUCAGGCAGUCGACGUUCGCGAGAGGGUUUCACGGCUGUUUCCAGUCUCAUCCCGGAUCCCCGUCAUUGUAGUUCACCGACUAGUUCUUCAAGUUCAGAGCACCUGCCCCGAUAUUCUGUGUAUCACCCGAAAUCCGAUGAACGUGACCGCUUGCGGCCGCCUCGGGACGGGACCUUCCGCUUCAGCUCAGAACCAUACAGUUCACAUUUAUCAGAUUCCUCAUCCCAACCAGUAGAGCCAGUUAGCAAAACCACAGAACAACAUGGCGAGGAACCACCCGCAAAACGUCGGACGUUUCGCGAGCAGCCACUCUUAUCCAUCCCACCCACACUACCAGUGAAUCCGCGCGGACUUUUGCCAACCUCCAAUCCGUCUUUGCUACCCUCCUACUUGCGACCACCCCUGUUAGGUGGCCUCAUAUCCACUUCCGACAAUCGCCCGAAUUUUUGGACAAUGGCACGCUUAUGCGUCCCUCAGAACACCCAUUUGUAUCCACCCCCGUGGUAA